AUGAUUAGAAGCUGCCCUAGAAAAAUUAGUGAUUUAAGUUAAAGAAUAAAAGAAUUAUAAUAGGAAUCACUUAAUAUAUAGAAGAAUAUAUCAUCUUUAAUUUUAAACAAUUAAAUAAAAGAAGAAUCAAAAAAAAACAAAAAGUCAUAAUGUCAAAAUAAUGAAUAAUAAUAAUUCACUACAGAAAACUUGGAUUAAAAUCAAUAAAUGGAAUCAUAAAUAUAAAUAGAAAAUAAGCAAAAUUUAAUUUCAAAAAACAGUUAAGAAAAUAAAUAAUAUAAAAGGGAAAACCAAUAUUUAAAUGAUUUGAAUGAAAAAUUGCAAAGAUAUGAGUUAGAAAAGUAGUAAUAAGUUUAGCAUUAAAUGAAUGAAUAAUUUUCUGAUUUAAAUAAGAAUUGGAACACAUCUGAAAAGAGUUAAGAGGGAAUAUAUCAAAAAGCAUAAAAAACUAAAUCCAAAAAAAGAUUCCAUAUCAACAACUUCAAUGUAUGUUAAUGA